GCACUUUCGCUUGUGGCAUCGUUCGCAAACUGGCUCUGGAGGGGUCUCCGAACCACCAUCAUCAUCUUCAAAUCCUUCUUCCGUAGCCAUUUGGGCUCAAGCCCGCAUGCGGCCCUAAAAGCCCCCAAUUGGCCAGAGGGAGAGGCCUUUUCAGUGCUUGCGUUACCGCCGCCCCUGGAGGGCCCGCCCAGCCGCAGGAGCCAUGGCCGUGCGCGGCGAGCAGGACGAGCAGCCCCUGCCGGCUCAGCGCGGCCCCGGGCGCUCCUCUCGCCCUGGACCCGGAGACAGGGGGCGCCGAGGGGGAGCCGAGCCCGUGGCGGCCGGCGCGCGCGCGCGCGGUCGUCGCCACCUUGGUGGCCUGCGCCGUGCUCGCCGCACUGGUGGCGGUCGGUCCGCGGCGGAUCCGCGCAGCCGCGCGGCAGGUCGAGGUCGGGCCAGGAGCGCUGGGCUCCACGGUGUCGCUCGCCCUGUCCGAUCAGGAGUACAAGGAGAUGUUGGACAAGAUGAAUCAAUUACGCAUGGAGAGAGGCCUUUCUCCCCUCUGCUACAACGAGAAGCUCAACAAGGCAGCGCAGCUGCACGCCGACGACAUUCGUGAACGCGAUUUCAUGUCGCAUGUCGGGAGUGACGGCAGCAAACCUGAAGACCGCAUAGCCAAUGUGGGUUACGAUGCCCAUUCGAUGGGGGAGAACCUCUUCGGGGGAGAACACGUGACUGUCUCCGACGUAAUAUUCCAUUGGAGUCACCAAUGGGCGUCGAUGUACAAUUUCUAUUUUCAUUCCUUUUCCCACUUCGGCUUCGCAAGGAGCGGCCCAGUUUGGGUGGGGCUGUUCGCCCUUCCACAAGGAAAGGAGGCCUGCAUCCAGGCCGGGGGCGGCGCGGAUGGGCACUGCGGCCUGUGCAGAGACUUCGUGCCCGCGGGCGAGUCGUCCUGGCACGACUCCGACGGGGAAACGUGCGCCUGGUACGCAAUUGGCAGUCAUUGCGCGGAUCACGGCCACCUUUACAAGAACUUCGGCCACACCGCCGACACGGCUUGCUGCGCUUGCGGUCGCGUCGAGGGCGGCGGUUGUAUGGAUUUGGUGCCAGACGGAUGGAAGGUGUGGUACGACAGUCAUCACAAUCAAUGCGACUAUUAUGGACGGGAAGGAAGUGUUGACCUCUGCCAGAGAUGCGGCGGCCAUUUUCUCAAUGGGGGUUUGACGGCCAGAAUGGCCUGUUGCGUUUGCGGUGGUGGCCGCGCGCUUUCUGAAGAACCAACGUCAGAUUUUUUAGCACCCCCCCCCGCCCUCCAGUGGUUUGGGCUGCCGCGAAGAUGUCAAGAUUCCGCGGAGUGCCAUUCGACCCUAUUCUGCUGUCCCAGGCACCAUGUUUGCAUGCACCCUGUGACAUUAUCGGUUUUUGGGUCGAACUGCGACAAAGUCGAUCAAUCUAAUUAUGCCUAGGUGUCAACGCAAUUUGAGUGGGCGACUGCUCGACUGCGUGCAGUAGCGCGGUUGUGCUUGGAGCGUCGAUGUCGGGUGUAGGCCGGCAGCUUGUACCUCAGUGCGCCUUUGACGGAUGAAGGAAUUACAGGUGGGACCGUCCGAAGCGCGCGUCGAUUUUGUUGCCAGAUUGGUUGGGGUCUUGCGUUUAUUAUGUGCUUGGUUUCAUCUCGGGCGAUUCGGCCCCACGUCCCACAAUAGCUCAGUGCGCAAAUGCGUGGCACAAGGAAGGGGUCCAAUUGCUCUGCGCAGCCGCGCGUCCCAGACUUGAUGAAGACGUUAUAGACGCUCUCCUUAGCUUGGUGGUCUUCCCUUCGCCUGACCGGCUGGGGGGCGAUGCGUGCGAUUGCAAGUGCGGAUUCUUUCCGCUUAGGGUAGAUAGGACAAGGCUACCGUUCUAAUCGCGAGAUGUUGAGUGCGCAACGGUAUCAGUGUGGCGCAUUUGAGUGCCACUUCGCGCAAGGGUGCCACCUUGAUCGACCUCGAUAUGGCAUUCCUCCUCCUUCCUCCCCCUCCCACUUUCUCAUACCCGUCCUCUUUCGUUCCUCGUGCGGCGGUUUCGCUCCCAGUGAUAGAUUAGGUAAGAGGCUUCCCAAACUUCACAGUUGCAGAGCUGCGCAAUCUAAGGCGAUACCUAGUCCUUGGGACUGCGCUCGAGCGGGCCCUCUGUAGAGGUUGGGAGACGCUUGGGUGAGGGAUCAAGAGGAGGAUUUGUAGAACCUCAGGACUCAAUAUACUUUGCCUGCUUCAGUUGCAGCACUGUUCAAUCAUUCGAUCUUGCUGCAUGAGCGUUGCGCGACCGCGACGCACUACUUCCGUGCGUGAAAUAGUUUGCGUGCGCGGCCGGUCCAUCCGUGCUCUGAGGCUGGACCUUGGCCUCGAGGCGGACAGGAUCAAAACCAUCACCUUUCUCCCUCUCCCUUCACCCUGCCCCCUCCUCAAGUGUGAACGCUGCUGUAUCUUUCCGAAACCGUUGCCUACUGCAGUUGCAGCACUGUUCAAUCAUUCUAUCUUGCUGCAUGAGCGUUACGCGACCGCGACGCACUAUUUCCGUGCGAAGUAGUGUGCGUGCGCGGCUCAUCCGUGCUCUGAGGCUGGACCUUGGCCUCGAGGCGGACAGGAUCAAGAUCAUCACCUUUCUCCCUCUCCCUUCACCCCGCCCCCUCCUCGAGUGUGAACGCUGCUGUAUCUUUCCGAAACCGUUGCCUGCUGCAGUUGCAGCACUGUUCAAUCACUCGAUCUUGCUGCAUGAGCGUUGCGCGACCGCGACGCACCAUCUCCGUCCGAAGUAGUGUGCGUGCGCGGCCGGUCCAUCCGUGCUCUGAGGCUGGACCUUGGCCUCGAGGCGGACAGGAUCAAAACCAUCAGCUUUCUCCCUCUCCCUUCACCCUGACCCCUCCUCGAGUGAACGCUGCUGUAUCUUUCCGAAACCGUUGCCUGCUGCAGAUGCAGCACUGUUCAAUCAUUCGAUCUUGCUGCAUGAGCGUUGCGCGACCGCGACGCACCAUCUCCGUGCGAAGAAGUGUGCGUGCGCGGCUCAUCCGUACUCUGAGGCUGGACCUUGGCCUCGAGGCGGACAGGAUCAAAAUCAACACUUUUCUCCCUCUCCCUUCACCCUGCCCCCUCCUCGAGUGUGAACGCUGCUGCAUCUUUCCGAAACCGUUGCCUGCUGCAGAUGCAGCACUGUUCAAUCAUUCGAUCUUGCUGCAUGAGCGUUGCGCAACCGCGACGCACCAUCUCCGUGCGAAGUAGUGUGCGUGCGCGGCUCAUCCGUGCUUUGAGGCUGGACCUUGGCCUUGAGGAGGCGGACAGGAUCAAUAUCAAAAAAAAC